AGUUCAGGGCUGUCAUAUCUUCCUUUUUCACAAACAGAGGGACGUGUUUUACUCACUUUCUGUCUGCGUGCUGUGUUCGUUCGUAACAGCCAUGGGUUGGGUGAAGGAGUCGCAGAAAAAGAAGAUCAUUAUAGGUGUCUUGGCUGUAUUGAUUGUGACCCUAAUCCUCGGUCUUGGACUUGGUCUUGGAUUAGACAAAGGAGAGGUGCCAGUCAUCCCCCACACAUCCUGCAGGAAUCGAUGCUACGAGCCGUAUGAUGGUGACAUCCCCGGCUGCAAAUGUGACAAGAACUGUAAUGCCAGCAACAGCUGCUGCUUUGACUACCAUGACAUCUGCACCGUCCCUACCCAGCAGUGGGAGUGCACAAGGCUGCGUUGUGGAGAGAAGAGGUUAAUGCAGAGCAAAUGCCACUGCUCCGAUGACUGUCUGUCUGCAGGAGACUGCUGCACAAACUACAAACACAUCUGCCACGGAGAGAAAGCAUGGGUGGAGGACGAGUGUGAGGACCUGUCAGCGCCCAUAUGUCCAGCAGGUUUUAAGAAGCAGCCUCUGCUCCUCGUCUCUUUGGAUGGAUUACGGGCUGAGUACCUGCAGACAUGGAGCACUCUCAUUCCUGUUCUGGACAAACUCAAGACAUGUGGGACCUCGGCACCAUACAUGCAGGCAGCAUUUCCCAGCAAGACUUUCCCUAAUCACUACACCAUUGUUACGGGUCUCUAUCCAGAGUCCAACGGUUUGAUUGACAACGUUAUGUACGACCCGGUGUUUGAUGCCCACUUUAGUCUGUCCAGUCCAGAGAAAGAUAACCCCGACUGGUACCUCGGAGAGCCGAUUUGGCACACAGCAAUGUACCAGGGGCUGAAGGCUGGGACUUUCUUCUGGCCAGGAUCAGAUGUCAAAAUCAACGGAAGCUUUCCCAACAUCUACCAACCUUACAAUGGGAAAGUGCCAUUUGAAGAAAGAGUAUAUACUGUACUUAAAUGGCUCCAGCUGCCAGAUGAUGAAAGACCAGAUUUCUACACAUUGUAUCUGGAGGAACCUGAUAAAUCUGGACACAGCUUCGGUCCUGUCAGUGGAGGGCUGAUUCAAGCAAUCCAGGGGGUAGACAAGAUUAUCGGUCAACUAAUGAAUGGUCUCAUGCAGAUUGGCCUACACCGUUGUCUCAACAUCAUCAUCUUGGCAGAUCAUGGUAUGGAGGAUACAAGCUGUGACAGGAAGGAGGUGCUGCAAGAGCUUGUAGGAGACAUCCGCAAUUACUGGGUCACCGAGGGACCAUUCGGACGUAUCAGAGCAAAAAACAAAGAUAUAGUCUUGGACCCAGCUGGACUUGUUGCUAACAUGACUUGUAAGAAACCAGACCAAAAGAUCAAACCGUACCUGAAGGCCAACCUGCCAAAGCGCCUCCACUUUGCCAACAGCCGUCGCAUUGAAGAUGUUAACGUCUUGGUCGACCCAAAAUGGCUGUUUGAGAGGUAUCCAGGAUCUGUCACAUUCUGCUCUGGUGGCGCUCAUGGCUAUGACAAUGAUGCUGAGAGCAUGCACGCCAUGUUUGUCAGUUAUGGACCCAAGUUUCAACAAAAAACUGAAAUUGAACCCUUUUCCAACAUCGAACUAUACAAUCUUAUGUGUGACAUCCUACAGGUCUCUCCUACUGACAACAACGGGACCCACGGCAGUAUGAACCACAUCCUGAGGCUGCCCUACUACACACCAGUGGCCCCUGCAGAGCAGAGCAGACCUAUUCAGUGUCCGCUGAUUAGCCUCGACCCUGCAGACAACCUGGGGUGCUCCUGUCCUGCGCUGGGUGGGAAUGCAAUCAACAAUCGUCUGAAUCUGACAGCAGAGGAAGUGUCCGCUGCGGAGAAGAAGCACAUGCUGUUUGGUCGUCCCCAGAUGCUGCAGCCUGACCAGAGUUACUGUGUCCUUUACCAGGAGGGAUUCAUCACCGCCUACAGCCACAAAGCCCUGAUGCCUUUGUGGAGCUCCUUCACCAUCGACAAGCCGAUGAACUUGGACCCCUUACAGCCAGUGACUUCAGACUGUUUGAGGGCUGAUAUCAGAGUCCCAGUGUCCCAGAGUCCCAGAUGUGACCAGUACAACAAUGAUAGGAACGUGACACACGCUUUCCUGUACCCACCAAACCUGAAUGUGACAGUGGACCAACAGUACGAUGCUCUGCUAAUGAGUAAUGUGGUGCCAAUGUACCCCGAGUUUAAGAAGAUUUGGGACUAUUUUCACAGCACCCUAUUAAAGAAAUACGCCUCCAUUUACAACGGCAUUAACGUAGUGACGGGCCCCGUUUUCGAUUACAACUACGACGGCCGGUACGACACUCUGGAGCAGAUUGAGCAGUUUGUGUCAGGAACGAACAUCUCCAUUCCCACGCAUUACUUUGUGGUGUUGACCAGCUGUAAGGAUUCAGCCCUACCUGUGAACGCCUGCAUCGGAGAGCUGCAGACCGUGUCCUUCUUACUGACUCACAGACCCAACAACUUGGAAAGCUGCAAAAGUACACAAACCGAGUCUCAUUGGGUUGAAGAUCUCAUGUGGUUCCAUCAAUCUCGAGUCAGAGACGUCGAGUGGAUCACGGGAUUGGACUUCUACCAGGGCAGCAAUCGACCAAUCCCAGAGCUGCUGAGGGUGAAGACCCGCCCCACAGCUGCCAUUCAAAGAAAACAAUGAAAUUGUUAAUUUCCACAAACAAAAAUGACCAAGAAUAAUAUUCAAUACCUCUAAAAGUAGUGUACUAUUGAAUAAGUAGCCUUUAAUUGUGUUAUCACGUUGUCAACCCCGGACUGAAUGUAUCUAUCAUCCAACAUAAAGUUUUUAUUUACUUUUAAAUUUAAACUGUUAAUUUAUUUUUGUAUUAUGUAAUCCUAUUAUUAUCAUAAUUUGUAUCCUAUUGAUUUUAUUUUUGUAAUCUGUAUUUAAGCGGUUAUUGGACUCGAAGUCCAGAUGGGAUGAGGUAGAACGGGUAUUUAAACAGAAGAAAGGAAAUCUUUUCUUUAACUUGCAGGACUUUUAGAGCUGUGGUGCUACAGGACUUUAAAUACAGUCAUAGAUGAUCACACACUUGUUUUUUUUAUUUUGGGGAAACAUUUUUUUUGCCCCUUUUGUCUGUAUAUUGUAUUAAGAAUUGUAUCAAACCGUGUCGACUAAAUCUCUGUUCAUAUCUCUGAUGAGUACAAUUCCACUCCAUUGUAUUGGAAGUGUCAGAUGUUGAUAUCUCCUUUAAAGACCUUUUUUUGUAUUAUUUGGAUAAACUUCCUGUUUAAAAUGUUUCCUCAUAUUGUACCAGUCACUUUAAAUAAAAAAAUCAGAACAAUCAA